GUCCUAUUGUUGGAUCUAUUUUCAGAAAAGUUUUGGAAGCAAUUUCUGUUUCAAUGUUUGUAGAAUGUCCUCAGAAAAUCCAGAGUCUACGGAUCUAGAUUUAAACAGCUUACAACAGGAAGUACCAACUUUAGAAAAUAAGAUAGAAUCGACUUCUGUCCAAAGUGAAGCUCAGGGAAGUGCUGGAGAUAUUGGAGCAAAAGAUACCGAGGAAUCUGUUAAAAGUGACCCAGUAAAGACAACUGGCACUGCACACGAACCAUCAGAAACUGCUGAAAAGGGCGGAGAAGAGGUCCAAACUGAACCUGUCAAGGGAGACGUAGAGUCAUCUGAAAAGCCAGCAGAAGAAGGAGAUAAGAAGGGUGAAUCUGGGAAAUCAGCAGAGAAGAAGGUUUCCAAGGUUGAAAUCCGUCUGCAAGCUACAGGAGAUGCACCGAUUAUGAAAAAGCGGAAUUAUAUGGUUGAAGAGAGUAAGAAGAUUUCUGAGAUAAUCAGCUUCGUCAGAAAAUAUCUGAAACUUGAAACUAGUGAGAACCUGUUCCUGUAUGUAAACCAGGCUUUUGCACCCAGCCCAGACCAGACAAUUUUGAACCUGAACGAGUGUUUUGGAAGCGACGGUAAACUAGUUCUAUACUACUCCAGAAACCAAGCCUGGGGGUAAUAAAGACGACCCUCGAAACCGACAUUCCACACCCGUAUUGUGAUUCUUCAACUGCUUACAGACUAGAAAAG